AUGUCUAGCCCACAGCCGCUGGGCUCAGGACUUGCGUCAUCUCGAGGGACGCGGUUGCACGAUAUCAGUGGUCGCCGUGACCCUGUCUCCGGCCGUGGCAAGCAGCUCACAACGGGCGAGCAAGCAGCUCUGAUCGAACUCUACAAAGAGCGCCAGUGUUAUACUACUGUUGCUGAGCACCCAAAAAGCUUCUGGGUCGCUUUAUCGGCUCAUUUCUUUGAUCGGACUCAGCGUGCUUAUUCGUGGCAAUCGUGUCGGCGCCGCCUGGAGGUUCAUGAGGCACAUACAAAGGAGCAUCAACAGAAUCCUCGGCUGAGUGCAGGGCCAAGUCCAGAACAGGAAAUUCCUGGCAAUGUGCCUCCCAUCUCUGAGUAUUCUCAUCACAGCAGCGAGGAAGACCAACAUACUUCGCCCGACAUAGAAGAGACAUGUAGCCAAAAACCCCAGCCAGCACUUCGGCAACAGGCCCUAGAACUGGUAGGAUCGCCACGAAGAAGUCAUCGAAGUGUUGAAAGGAGGACUCGAAAGACCUCGUACCCCGACUCAGAAGGACCGAGUCCGCGCCUUGAUGGAUUUACCAGAAGCUCUCGUCCUUUUGAUCGCCCGCCGUCACAGUCGCGAUCACGGUCUCCUCAUUCUCGUGGGAGUGCUACUUAUCGCAGGCGUUUCUCGACUACUUCGAGAGAAGAGUCGGUUCCCAAGCCCUUGCACCCCAAAAAUCAAAUGUCCGCAUUGCGCACCACAACAGCAAGACGACAACAUGAAAAAAUGCCUUCAAAUGAUGUUUCUGUGCCAAAUGUCUCAGGUUUCUCGACUCCCGCCAAGCAAAGGUCACGCGGAAACCCGAGACCUACUUCGACUCUAUUCGAACUUGCGAGCACCACCGCUAAACCCUCGCCCAAUUUGGAAGAUUUAAUCCGCUCCUAUGGCUCACAAUCCGGUGACUCUGAUGACGAUCUCCCCGAUACACCCGUGCCGCCCACCCACCGACCUCUCCAACAAAGUACUAAGCCUAGCCACGCGCAAUUGGAGGACCUCUACCAACGACUCACCAGUGCCUUCCAUAAUGAAACGAAGAAAUUUAUUGCGCAAUCGAAUACCCCCCGCAACAAAAGAUUCUCAUGGAAGCUGCAGCCGAUGCCUUCAUUGUUGACAUGGAACGGGCGACGGCUAAGUUCAGGGGUGUAA